UGCGGAAAGAGCUGAGCUAUGAAUCGCUUGUAGAAGAAGUGCGUCGUAGAGUAGAUAACUUUGUGCUGUUUAAAAAGUUUCAGAAUAUCAAAAUUUCUUAUCUUACAUAAGAAUUGUUAAGAAAUUUGUGAUACUGCCUUCCACACUCCAUUUUAGUUUUGAUUAAAUUGUACAUUGCGGGUGGACAUCGUGUUCUCUUACAAUUGAACACAGUUUGAGGACUUACUAUGGCAUCUGUUGCAAGAGUGUCUACAAGGUUUGGCGGAGUUCUGCAUUGGGGGUCUACGUCAGUCACCGUUUCGAGGGGUAAUACACCCAGGUCUUACUACACUUACAGCCCAGAACCAGCUCAACCCCUUAAAAGAGAUCCGAAGUGGGUGUCGGCCAAAGAAGCCGUGAAAUGUAUCAAAUCAGGUAACACAGUCUUCAUACAAGGAGCAGCGGCAACUCCACUGGAGUUGGUGAAAGAAAUGACUGAUUAUGGCAAAAGUUCGGGCCUCAAGAAAGUGAUGGUGUGUCACAUGCACACUGAGGGAGUGGCAGGAUACACAGAACCUGAUUGUGAAGGAAUUUUUAGGUCAUGUUCCUUCUUUAUGGCUGCGAAUGUUCGUAAAGCUGUGGCUGAGGGUCGCUCUGACUGUGUACCUAUUUUCCUGUCCGAGAUACCAUUACUCUUUCAUCGGAAGAUAAUAAGGCCAGAUGUCUCUCUUGUUCAAGUAUCUCCUCCAGACCAACAUGGAUUCUGCAGCCUUGGAACGAGUGUAGACUGUGUUCGUGCAGCACUUAUGCAUUCCAAAACAAUUGUUGCUCAAGUGAAUCCACAGAUGCCAAGGACAUUCGGAGAUGCAACGGUUCACCAGUCACAUUUUGAUUUUGCUGUGAAGGUGGAUUCGCCACUUCCCGAACAUGGUGGCCGUCCACCAACUGAUAUUGAGACUAAAAUUGGAAAGCAGAUUGCAGGAAACCUGGUAGAGGAUGGAGCAACUCUUCAAAUGGGUAUCGGAAACAUUCCUGAUGCCGUGUUGGCAGAACUGACAAAUCAUAAGGAUCUUGGUAUUCACUCAGAGAUGUUUUCCGGAGGUAUUAUUGAUCUUGUAAAUAAAGGAUGCAUCACAAAUAAUCGCAAGACAAUCAAUAAAGGCAAAAUCAUUGGCAGUUUCCUUAUUGGAACCCGUGCCUUGUAUGAUUUUGUUGACAAUAAUCCAUAUGUAGAGAUGCGUGAUGUUGCAUAUGUAAAUAACACAGGUAUUAUAGCCCAGAACCCAAAAAUGACUGCCAUUAACUCAUGUAUAGAGAUUGACUUGACAGGUCAAGUCGUGUCAGACUCCAUUGGAACCAGGAUGUAUUCAGGUUUCGGAGGCCAAGUGGAUUUUAUCCGUGGUGCGGCUGAAGCUUUAGAUGGACUAGGAAAACCAAUCAUUGCACUUCCAUCUGUAACAAACAAGGGAGAAAGCAAGAUUUCUCCCCUUAUUAAGCAUGGUGCAGGAGUUGUGACCACAAGGGCUCAUGUCCAUUAUAUAGUCACAGAACAUGGAAUUGCUUAUCUCUUUGGGAAGACGCUUCGCCAGAGAGCUCAUGCGCUCAUCAGCAUUUCUCAUCCUGAUCAUCGAGAAUCUCUAGAGAAAGCUGCAUUUGAACGGUUCAAAUGUAUGCCGGCACCUUGAACGCUGCACUGUGGUGUUUGUUCCAGAUUCUUCUGGCACCAUUACAACUAAAAUGUUGGUUUUUCUAAA